AAUGUAUUGAAUUAAUGAUAACGUGAUAAUAUAUUAAUUAUAAUAUUUUAUUACAUGGUUAAUAUAAUUUUGUUUUAUUUGAUUUGAUUAUAUGAUAACCAUUUGAAAACCCAAUCUACUUCACCGUAAAAAAAAACCCCUACCUACUUCUAUAACAUCUUCACUCUUCCAUUUCUCCUCUACACAGACCGCCACCCCAAAAACCGCUUCUCUCCCUCUUUCAACCCUGAAAGGAUUUUGAGAUUCCUCUAUAAACAAAGGUAGGAUUGCGCAGAAAAUUUGAUUCUCUCUGUUCUUACACAAAUGAAACCCAAUUCCAGAACCCACAAAAGGUAUUUGCUCUGUUUUGUUUUUUUUAUGGAUUUCGGAUUGAUUGUGGUUUUCUAGAACAUUUAACUUUUAACAAGUAGUUCCAGUUUAUGAUUGAAAGAUGGAAGCUUUUGUUGGGGGUUCUCUUUUUGUUCCUGUUCUGGUUCUCAUGCCUUUUUGAUUCAGUAAUCGCCAGUCUUGUUUCCAUUUUUAGGAGAGCUUGAGCCUUGAUGUAACUACAAAUGGCGGUUUCGGUGAACUCAGAAUUUUAAGAUCGUCUACCUUUUUUCGGUAUAGAAGUUUGGGAGAUCUCUUCUCGACUCUUACAUGAUGUCUGCCUUAUUUGCUUGGAAGAGCAAACCAUGCAUGAUUGAGCACCGGCUUCCAUGGGAGUUCUUAUUUUUUCUCAUUUUAAUUGUAAGAUCAGUUUGUUAUUCCAUUUCUCGACCAGAUGUCUUUAUGAAUCUGUAGAUGGAAGAAGAAAACGAGUUUCUUUCACAAAUUUGGCAACACUUGCUAUUUGUUUUACUUAUGUUCAUGUCUCCCUUUUUCUCAAGCUUAGUUCUACAGUAAUCCCUUUUCCUUCUCUACUUAGUUUUUCUGUGGAAGAAGAUUUUCUUUUGUCCGUUUGGAUUAGGGUUCUUGGGGGAGAAAGUUCCAUUAGAUAAAAAGCGUAUGACUUGGUCUUUGGUUAGUCAAGUAGUUACAACAUUCGAUCACAAAAGGCAAAUAAAGUCUUGACCAUCUAUCUGUUGUUCUUGGCAGAUCCAGUUUCCAAAUUGGGCGGAAGAUAUUGGAGCUAGUCGUUUUGCUGCUAUGUAGUGGUGGUUCAUCUGUAUGUAUCAUUAGCAUACAAUUUUGAAGCUUGAUCAGAAGCAAAUAUUGCUGAAGAGUUAAUAUGCAGGCAGAAUUACAUGUAAUCUAAUGGUCAGUCCACGAGUUAAAAUGCAGGCAGGAUUCUCUGGACAUGGGAGCCAUCUUCCCUAAAUGCCAUUUUCGGUAUCUAAAACCUUUCGCCUAGAGGAAGCCCAAUCUCGCAGCAGGAUUCUCAGUCACACCAAUCAGAUACAUAUGGCUCUCCAAUAAGCACCUCGUGUUUCACUAAUGAUGCCAAUGAUAUAAGAUACAAGAUGAGGGAGUUAGAGACUGCAAUGUUGGGACCAGAUUCUGAUAACUUCAUGAAUAUGGAAAGCGAGUCACUAGAGAUGGACUGCAUGAGAAAAAUCACGGAGGUGAUAUCACGAGCUGAUCUAAACCAAGUCCUAGUUGCCUGUGCUAAGGCAGUAUCCGAGAAUGACCACUUAACAGCGCAAUGGCUGAUUGAUGAAUUACGCCAUAUGGUGUCAGUUUCUGGUGAGUCUAUACAAAGACUAGGUGCCUACAUGUUAGAAGGUCUCAUUACUCGGCUUUCCUCUUCUGGGAGUUCAAUCUGCAAUGCCUUGAGGUGCAAGGAACCAGCUAGUGCUGACUUGCUAUCUUACAUGCACAUUCUCUAUGAAGUCUGUCCUUACCUCAAAUUCAGGUAUAUGCCCGCGAAUGGGGCUAUUGCAGAAGCUAUGGAGGAUGAGCAUCAGGUUAACAUUGUUGACUUUCAGAUUGGUCUAGGGACUCAGUGGGUAAGUUUGAUUCAAGCAUUCACUGGGAGACCCGGUGGGCGACCUCACAUUCGAAUCACAGCCGUAGAUGACUUAACUUCAGCUUAUGCGCGAGGUGGAGGGUUGAAUAUAGUAGGGAAGAGGCUUUCAAAGCUGGCUGAGUCGUUCAAAGUGCCAUUUGAGUUCCAUGCUGCUGCUAUCAAUGGCUGUGAAGCUCAAAUGCGGGAUCUUGGUAUUCGAGAUGCGGAAGAAGCUCUAGCUGUCAAUUUCACAUUCAUGCUUCAUCACAUGCCUAAUGAUGAGAGUGUCUAUACAGAGAGCCAUCGAGAUCGAUUGCUGAGGAUGGUUAAAGGGUUGUCACCUUAGGUGGUGACACUUGUCGAGCAGGAGGCGAAUACAAAUACUGCCUUGUUUUUUCCUCGGUUUUUGGAGACACUCGACUACUACAUGGCCAUGUUUGAGUCAAUCGAUGUGACUCUCCAGAGGGAUCAUAAGGAGAGGAUAAAUAUUGAGCAUCAUUGCCUUGCCAAAGCUGUUGCGAAUGUGAUUUCUUGUGAGAGAAGAGAUAAGACUGGGAAACAUGAGCUUCUGGGGAAAUGAAGUCAAGGUUUGCCAUGGCGGGGUUCACAGUGUCCUUUGAGCUCUUUGGUGAACGCUACCAUUAAGACACUGCUGGAGAUUGGAGAAUUACUGCAAGCAGUACAGGCUUCAAGUGAGGGAUGGUGCAUUGUAUCUCGGGUGGAUGAACCUAGAUUUGGUUGCUUCUUGUGCAUGGAAGUGAAGAAAACUGGAAGGGGUACUAGGUUAGAAUUUUCUCGCAUGACAGUCAGGGGUUCGCUGCAACCUUUUUGUCUACGAAUCGAAGCUGCCAUUUUUUCGGCUCUACAAGCUUUAUAAGUUGCAAGUUGAGUUCCUGUUGGCAUUGUUAGCCUUGUACGACUGAAGCAAAGAGUUGAAAGGAAAAGCUGGAAUGGUAAGUGGAGGAAAGGGAAGUGUUAAAUAACCACUGUAGCUUUCUCUUCUUCCCAUAUGUAUUAGACGACCAACCCAAUAAUAUAUCUCUCUACAUCCUGCAAUUAUUGUGCCAUCUAAUUUACACAGCUGAAAAGUAGUGUCUGCAAACAACUCAUUGUGCACCCCAAGGUCAAGAAAAGAAUCUACUUUCCCUUAAGCUUGAACAGGUUCCGAGUCCAUGAUGUGUUGCUGAGUUGGUUUGCUGUCUGGAUUAGUGGCAUCAGAAUGAACUUUGGAACCACAACCAUUCUCUUCUAAUGUAUCUUUUGACUCACCCGUGUGUUGGUCAUUUGUUCUGCCCUCGAGAAUAGAACUUGUAGUGGCAUCGGAAUCAUGGUCAGCGGCAUCACUUUCCUCCAAGGCACGUGACUUCUCAUUCUGCUGUUGUUUUGAUUUCAAUACAUCCCUAGGGAUGGGACUUGGAGAAAUCUCGUCAUUUCCCUUAUCGACAACACUUUCUUUACUCUUGUCCCAUUUUGCUUCACUUCUCGACUCGCCAUUAAGUUCUUCCUUGGGUUUAGCAUUGACAUCAGGAGUGUUACAAGCUGGUUUACUGUACUCGAGUUGUCUGAUAGGAAUGUUCGAGGUAGAAACGUCGAGACCAGGUAUGUUGUGAGUAAUUGUCCUAGAAGGUGGGAUGUCAUGAUCAUGUUCUCCUUCGUAACUGGUGAUAACCACCUUGGGAUCAUGGGAUGCCUUCUCGACAUGUUUCUUGACUGGACAGCCGGGACUUGAGCACCUAUAGUAGCUCCUGCAUAUUGUUGUCGAGAGACAAACAAAUUUCAGUCCCCUAU